AUGGCCGCCAGACUUACCUCCCGACUCGCCUCUCAUCUCCUCCGCGCCACCUCCCUCCUGAACCACCCCCAUCCCCCUCUCUUCACCAUGUCCAAAUCUCAACCCUCGAUCUUUUACCUCAAACCGCUGCCAUGGAUCGCUUCCAACCUUCAUCGAUUCUUCUCGACCAGCCGUCGCCAACCAGUCCGGUCGAACCGUGUAGACAUCGGAUCCCGAGCCAGGCAACUCCAGAACCGCCGGCUCUGGACCUACGCCGUAACCUUCAGCAGCAUCGCAGGCUUCAUCAUCAUCGUCCUCAAUCAAUUCGAAGAUUCCUUGGUGUUCUACGUAACCCCAACCGACGCUCUCACCAAAUACACUGAAAACCCUACGAAGAACAAGUUCCGACUCGGCGGGUUAGUCCUCGAGGGAAGCGUGAGCCAACCUGGUUCAGAAAUGGAGUUCGUAAUUACGGACUUGAUCACGGACAUUUUGGUAAAAUACCAAGGGUCCUUGCCGGAUCUGUUCAGAGAAGGCCAUUCGGUGGUGGUGGAGGGGUUCGUGAAGCCUAUCACGGAGGAGAUUAAGAGGGAGAAUUUGAUCGGAAGGAAGAGUGUCUCGGAGAAGGCGAGGAGUGUGGAAUGUUAUUUUGCGGCCACCGAGGUUUUGGCGAAGCAUGAUGAGAAGUAUAUGCCCCAAGAAGUAGCGGCGGUGAUUGAGAAGAAUAAGAAGAAGAUUGAGGCUGCAAGCGAAGAGGGAAGGAAAGAGAGACCUGCCACUGAGGCGUAG